GGCUGUUAAAAAUUUAUUAACAAAAUUAAACCUUAUUUUAUAAUCAAUAAAGUUGCUCUCGACAGACACCCUGCAGCCGCUUAUCAACUUUAUUGACAGUCAAGACGUAAUGGGGAAUUGGUUCUAUUUUUUGUUAGUAAAAUCUAAGUACCUAGAUACUCUUUACCUAGGUACUAAUUAGUGCAUAUUUUUUACUUUCCUUGAAUCAAUAUUAUUUAUAUAAAUAAGUAAACAAAUUUAUGAAGCAGGUAGCGUAAAAUACUUAAGCUUAGUACUAAUGUUUUUUGGCAAAAGUUGUCAUGAACUCCUGUUUAAAAAUAAAGACAUUGGUGCGAACACAGCGUUACCGCGCCGGGGCUGCGGCGUGCGGGCGCCCUGCUGUUUCAAUUAGAGUGUCGCGGAGUGGGCUCGCGCAUGUGUCUCAUAACUCUCCCGCCGAUUGCAUCGUUCGUACGUACCGUCGAAUGUCCACGCGACUCGUGUUCAGCAUAUCAAUCAGUGCUUCCAAGCAAAGCAUAUAAAACACCCACUACACCAUAUCUGGAAGGGACGUACGUGUGGUGACCGUUCUGUGGCACGCUAGUUGGUGCUUUAGUGCAAAAAAAUAAUAAGUAUUGUGGACAAACUGGAAGUAAUGCCGAGGCACGCCGGCAGCCCCUAUUGGGCUGCUGUGGAUUUUGACAGUGAAGACGAUGAUAGACCAUCUCCGACACUUAAAAAUCGAAUUUACUCAGAUGUUUGGAACAACGAAGAGGAUGAGAACUUCAAUUCGUUUGCCGGCGAGCCAGUCAGUGCUAGUUUUUACUACGUUCCCACUAAAAACUAUGACUCUGGAGAGGAACCGCCGUUGCCGCCACCAAGAAGGAACAAACCUCCCGAAGAUGUCCCACGCGACUCAAUAUAUGGAAGAAAAUUCUCCAGGUCAUUGAUGCCUGAAUAUCAAGAAGCACUUAUGUAUGGCGAGAAGCCGAUGAGAGGACGUCGUAGGUCGAUGUAUACGGAAGAGCCGAUUUACAUGUCACAUCCGAUGCAGGUUGAACCCAUAUAUGGAGCAGUGAUGCCUCCCGCGGGGUACAUAUCCCCGAUGGCCCCCCCGCGGUCAAGAUCCCGCAUGUCGCUCAACCAUCAACCAGAUUACGUAAUGGCCAAUUAUGCAUAUGGGACACAUAGAAGACCAUCCAGAUUGAUGGCCGCAUAUGAGAGCCUAUCACCAGAAUAUGAAGACUGGGCCCGACCAUUUCCGAAGACAGCACCCGAGAACUUCCACUUAUCCAGAUACGGGCAUCUACAAAUCGACUAUUCGUUUAGUUGGAACUCUCUCGAUAGACUAAUACGUUAUCAAUAGUUAGAUGACUAUGAUUAUUUUUUUCUAACGAUUAAAACACAAAUGAAGUAAAUCUAAAGUUUCUUUAAUAACCAAAGUAUUUUAAAAUUAAUUAUUUUAAAUAAGUCUAUUUACAUUGAAUUUAAUUGCUUAUUCUUUAUAAGAGUCAUAGUUUCUCUUUCAUUAGUGUAGGUGCUAAAUGUUUAUUACCUUAUAUUUCUUAUGUACUGGAGCUAUGAAAUAUAACAAUAGCCAAAGAUGUUACAAUAAAUUUUUAUUUUAUUA